AUGGACGUCGAGCGUGGCGUCAACCAAAUAACGCCUAGUGACUCACCAGAUGAGUCGCGUUCGAAGUUGGCGACGCCGGAUACCAGGCAGAGUCUGGACGUUGAGGAUGUUGUGCCUCGCAAUCGAUCGUUCUUUACUCCCCGGUGGAAGAAGAUUGAACAGAAGGUGCCUCCGCCUGUCAUUCGGUGCAGCCGCAAAGUCGUCAGUUGGGUCAAAGGUCCCGAUCCGCCGAGGGCAUAUCGCAUCGAUCCGUUCUUUGAACGCGUACAGACGUUUCCUGCACGUACCGUCACGCGUCUACCAAAACUAGCUGUAAUCUGCGUAUACUGUAUAGCGUGCUUGCUAUGGAUUGUAUUAUUUGGAGUAAUCAUCAGCGAUUACAGUCUCCCUAGUAAUAUCGGGGGCCUUGGAGCGCCAGUGAGGCUAUCUUGUGUUGCACAGCUGUGGCCCAACCCCCAAAGCUGUGGCCUCGACGGCCGCAACUGCCUGCCAUUCGACGACUCUGCAUUCCCAUUCAACUGCCCCGCCGGCUGUACCAGUGCCCAAGUCCUAAACCCGCGAGCGAUCGGCGACAAGGUGAUUAACUAUCGAUCACUUGUUGUGGGUGGAGCAUCAGAUGUUUCAGGGAACGAUGCUUUGAUCUAUCGAGGAGAUUCGUUUAUAUGCGCAGCAGCAAUCCAUGUGGGUGUCAUAACCAACGGGAAAGGAGGCUGCGGAGUUGUUUCAUUGCUGGGAGAGAAGGUUGGAUACGGCUCCAUCCAAAGAAACGGCAUCUUGAGCGUGGGCUUCGAUGCGGCAUUUCCCAUGUCGUUUGGCUUCAAUCAGACCAGGGCUGUUGUUGACGCUUCGAGCACCUGUAAAGACCCUCGAUGGGAUCUUCUUAUACUGUCUGUCGUCUUCUCGGCGCUAUUUUCUCUGUUUGCUUCAAGCCCGGCAGCAUUCUUCGCUCCUAUUUUUACAAUCCUCUUCUUUCAGAUCGCCAUGGCGUCUGAUCCACCACCAUACUCGAACUACCCGGCACUCGCUUCCACAACACUCGGUCGUUUUCUACCUGCCGCAUUCGCCAUGGCUCUGAUGUACCGUUUCAGCGUCCGCAAAACACUACUUCACUGCAGAGCUCAUAUUGAAACAACAGUGCUAUGGCUAGGUGGGGCAUGGGUCGGAGCGAUGAGUCCCUAUACGUUUGAGAAGAUACCUCUCCAACGCUUGACCACACACGAUCUCCACCAACAGCCUGGAGCCGUUACCGCACUUGUCAUCAUCGUGUUGGUCUUGUUCGCCAUUGCGCUCUUUCAAGCGUGGUGUUUGCGACGCGAAGGACGUCUCCCUCGCUACUUAGGGUUGUACGCGAUCCUCGGCCUCGGGCUGCUUUUAUGCCUCGCCAUUCCACGCCUCUCGCUGAGGAUCCAUCACUACAUCCUCGCACUACUUCUUCUUCCUGGUACCGCAUUACAAACGCGAGCCAGUCUCCUUUGUCAGGGCAUUCUUGUUGGGCUGUUCAUCAACGGCAUCGCACGAUGGGGCUUUGAUCCUAUUCUCCAGACGGCGGCUGCACUGCAAGGUGAUGCGCAACUUGGCUCAGGAAUCCCGACGAUACUCGUACCUGUCAUCAACAGCACGUCUAUCACUUUUGCGUGGACAGGUCUGCUGCGUGGGUACGAUGGUGUCAGUGUUUUUGUAAAUGAUGUCGAGCGAGUCCAGGGUGCAAAUGGGACUUUUACGUGGUCGAGAGGCGCUGGGGAAACGCCUGAUUACUUUCGCUUUGGGUUCGUGAGACACUUGCCAUUUGGAGGCAUCAGCUACAGCGACUUCACGCGGGCAGGGGUCUGGUGGAGAAAUGGGACUUGGAGUGGAAUUCCGGCAGGGCGUACGUGA